GUACAAACUCUUCAGCCAAUUAGACGGAGCCUUAAGCUAACAUAAGAGAAUCGUCCUCACUGCUCAUUGCAAACCAGGCUCCUGGAUUUUGGACAAGUGGGACAUGCCUGAGAGUAAAUGAUUCCACAGAUUUGGCUAUGGCAGUGUGGAAAGUCCCUCAUCUGGACACUGCCAUAGCAGAGCCCCAUGGUAGCCAGGUGGGUGAAGGGGAGCGAGGACGCGCCACUUGCCCUGCAGAAGAUUCCUGACCUACAGAGUGGUCCAAAGAUGGAUGCCAUCCACAUUGGCAUGUCCAGUGCCCCAUUGGUGAAGCAUACCAAUGGGGUUGGACUCAAGGCCCACAGACCCCGAGUCAUGUCGAAGAGUGGACACAGCAACGUGAGAAUUGAUAAGGUAGAUGGAAUCUAUUUGCUCUACCUCCAGGACUUGUGGACAACUGUCAUUGACAUGAAGUGGCGAUAUAAGCUCACCCUAUUUGCUGCUACCUUUGUGAUGACCUGGUUUCUGUUUGGAGUGGUCUACUAUGCCAUAGCUUUUAUUCACGGUGACUUAGAACUCAGGGAUUCUAACUCUAACCACACACCCUGCAUUAUGAAAGUGGACUCUCUCACGGGAGCCUUCCUCUUUUCCUUGGAAUCUCAGACAACCAUUGGCUAUGGGGUCCGUUCCAUCACAGAGGAGUGUCCCCAUGCUAUCUUCCUCUUGGUUGCCCAACUGGUUAUCACCACCUUGAUUGAGAUCUUCAUUACGGGAACCUUUCUGGCCAAAAUUGCAAGACCCAAAAAGCGAGCCGAGACCAUUAAGUUCAGCCACUGUGCUGUCAUCAGCAAGCAGAAUGGAAAGCUGUGCCUGGUGAUCCAGGUGGCCAACAUGAGGAAGAGCCUCUUGAUUCAGUGCCAGCUCUCCGGGAAACUCCUGCAAACACACAUCACCAAAGAGGGAGAGCGCAUUCUCCUCAACCAGGCCACUGUCAAAUUCCACGUAGACUCCUCUUCCGAGAGUCCCUUCCUCAUCCUGCCCAUGACCUUCUACCACGUGUUAGAUGAGACAAGCCCAUUGAGGGACCUCACACCCCAGAACCUAAAGGAAAAGGAGUUUGAACUGGUGGUGCUUCUCAAUGCCACUGUGGAAUCCACCAGCGCAGUCUGCCAGAGCCGAACGUCUUACAUCCCAGAGGAGAUCUACUGGGGCUUUGAGUUUGUGCCUGUGGUUUCUCUCUCCAAAAAUGGAAAGUACGUGGCUGAUUUCAGUCAAUUUGAGCAGAUCCGGAAGAGCCCAGAUUGUACCUUCUACUGUGCGGAUUCUGAGAAACAGAAGCUUGAGGAGCAGUACAGGCAAGAGGAUCAGAGGGAGCGUGAGCUGAGGAGCCUCCUGCUCCAGCAGAGCAACGUCUGACCCCGGCCGGCCUCUGGGCCCUCCUAACCAGGGCUCCUCUCAGAACAAUGGCUGCCAUGAACAUGGAACAGGCAGCCCUGCCACCAAAUAACACGCACGUUCACGGCCAUCUUCCCCUUUGAUCUUAUGACUGAACAAGCAUUUCUGGAUAUAAAAGGAUGUCUUCAGAGUGCCUGGUCAGAGGUGAAUACUCAAAUUCAGAUUUUUCCCCCUAAAAUGGAGCUGUACAUUGAAGAACUGAGUGUAGGAAGAUGGAGAGGAUUCCCUUUGGAGGGCAGACACAGCACUGAUAGUGAAUGACAUGCAUGUCUAUUCAAGAACACCUGCUUAUAAUGCAAAGUAUUUAUUUAACCCACCUAACCAGGGCAUUGGUGGCUGAGGUCUGAGGCAUAAUUCGCUAUUUGCUCAUAGCACUGCUUAAGAAUGCACUCUUUCUCAUGUUCAAGUACAUACAUUUUUACUUGCAAUGGCGGUUAUCUGGUGAUGGCCAAAAAAAAUGUUGGGAAAGCAGGGGCUU